CGAGCUGCUUCGGUUUAUUUAUUCUCCCUCGGAACGAAUCUUCUGACGCGGCGCGCGCACGAAACCAGUGACCGUUAAAUUUCAAAUUCUGGACCAUUAGCUCAGGCUAGCGGUCUGUCAGUAACUAACUAACCUCUGCUUUAUUAUUAUUAUUAUUAUUCUGAGGAGAAAAUUAACAUGUCAAGAUUGAACAUGUUCUUAAAAUUAGAAAAGGACUCUUUGGGGAGUUAUUUAUGCUGAUAGGUUUUAUUUGUGUGGAGAAAAAAACGGUUAAAUGUAAGCUUUUGGUAGUAAAAAAAAAAAAAAGCGCUCGUGCUCAGUAUUCAGCCUUGUGGUGAUGCUAAAUAACCUUCAGGUUCCCGGCAGUGACGGCUAACAGCUAACAGCUCCGGGGCUGUUUCGAUAUUUCACGUCGAAAUUUGGGUUUAUUUUUGAUUUAACGGAGGGAUGAGAGAGGAAAUACAGAAGGAAAGGACGAAUUACAGGGACGUGUUAGCCUGCGGUUGGACGCGUUUGACUUGCAGCAGCUUCAGGUGUCGAGGUUUUGACAGUUAGUCAGUCAGUCAGUCAGUUACCCAGUUUUCUGGCGUCCUUGCUUGAAAACAAAACAAAAAACAUGGCCUCUGGAGCUACCAGCCUCGUCUCUUCUAUCGCCAGCAAAACCAAAACGAAGAAAAAACACUUCAUGCCGCAGAAGAAGAAGCUUUUCCGCUCCAGCGACCCUCUGCUCAGUGUGCUGAUGUGGGGAGUCAAUCACUCGAUAAAUAACCUCAGUCACAUUCAGAUCCCUGUAAUGCUGAUGCCUGAUGAUUUCAAAGCCAACUCUAAGAUCAAAGUGGACAAUCACCUCUUCAACAAAGAGAAUAUGCCAAGCCAUUUCAAGUUUAAAGAGUACUGUCCUCUUGUCUUCCGAAAUCUGAGGGAGAGGUUUGCCAUCGAUGAUCAGGAAUACCAGAACUCUCUGACACGAAGCGCGCCGAUCCCAAGUGACGCCCAGGGCCGCAGCGGCGCGCGCUUUCACACCUCCUACAACAAGAAGUACGUCAUCAAGAUUAUCACCAGUGAAGACGUGGCUGAGAUGCACAACAUCCUGAAGAAGUAUCAUCAGUAUAUAGUGGAAUGUCAUGGCAACACACUGCUGCCUCAGUUCCUGGGCAUGUACCGCCUCACGGUGGACGGAGACGAGACGUACAUGAUUGUCACGCGUAACGUGUUCAGCCCCCGUCUGCCCGUGCACAAAAAAUACGACCUGAAGGGAUCCACAGUGUCCAGAGAGGCGAGCGACAAAGAAAAGCCACGCCCACCUGAAGAUGGGGCUCCAGCCAAAUCUCGCAUGAGCCAAAAGCUCCAAACCAUUCGGAUCGCCACACGCUUUUACUGCGCCAUCAGACACACUAAGGAGCUCCCAACGUACAAAGACAAUGACUUCAUCAAUGAUGGACAGAAAAUCUAUAUAGAUGACGAGAACAAGAAGAUGUUCCUGGAGAAGCUAAAGAAUGAUGUGGAGUUUCUGGCCCAGCUGAAGCUAAUGGACUACAGCCUGCUUGUCGGGCUCCAUGACGUAGAGCGCGGAGAGCAGGAGCAGCCGGAGGAGGAGAUCGAGGAGAACGAAGGAGGAGAGGAGGAAGGAGCCGAGAGCGAUGGAGGAGUGACCGGGUCUCCACCCGAAAGUCCCAGCAACACACUCGACAGCAGCAAGCCACUGGGGCCAGGAGAGUUUGAUCCCGCCGUGGACGUCUACGCCAUACGCAGUCACGAGAACGCCCCCAAAAAAGAGGUGUACUUCAUGGCGGUAAUCGACAUCCUCACACCAUAUGAUGCGAAGAAGAAAGCAGCACACGCAGCUAAGACAGUGAAGCAUGGGGCUGGAGCCGAAAUCUCGACGGUUAAUCCGGAGCAAUAUUCCAAAAGGUUUUACGACUUCAUCACCACCAUUCUGUCCUAACCGUCGUCUGAGGUCAGUCUCAGGACCCUGAGUUCAGGUCUCCAACCCACUGAGAGGCUUUUAAUGGGAUCCUUGGACAUUUACUCGAAUUAAUUAUCUGUUUACAGUUGUUUUUCUCUUUUUUUUAAUAAAUGCAUUAAUAAAUAGGUUUAUGGCUGUGGAUGGAUAAACAUAUAGCUGUGUGUUAUACUGUGCUGUACAUCUGUAAUAGAUAUUGUUGAUUGGGAUGUUGAGUGGUAUUAUUGUGUUUAUGUGGAAACCUCAAAGCUGCUUUUUACUCUUAUUCUUUGUUUACUGCAAGAAGACAUCAAAUACAGAUGCUUUUCUGAGCCUGGGUUAAACAUUGUUUUAGACCAAGGCUGCUUUCACACUUUACUCACCCUGUAACCAUAACCAUCCCAAAACCAGACAAUUAUUUUUAGUUACAUGUCGUAAAUCUCCUCCUCUUCGCUGUCCAGCCGCAUCCCGUCGGAUUUGCACUGGCCGUUUUACAAGUGUGAAAGCAGCCUGAAAAGGUUGUUCAGUCAGGGGUCUCUCAUUAACAGCACAAAUGAUUAUCUCUUGCUGGAAAUGCUGGUCCAUGGUAUCUGUAGAUUGGUAUAACUGCUUUCGAAAUUAUAAACCCAUCGUUUUAAAUCUUCUACUAAGCACUUGUACCCUUCAGAUGAAGAAGCAAUGAGAUUUUGUAGUCUAGUUAGAUUCACCGCUGACUGCACAGUUUAUUGUCGAGAAGCUUAUAAGUAGGAAACCUAUAAAAGUUGUUUGCACAUGACCUAAAGCAGGAGUUCUCGGCUCCUGUUGCGCACAGUUUGAAGCAUGAUCCAGCUGCACAGUAAAUUUUAAACCUCAUAAUCAGUGAGGUAAAGACAAGAAAACUUGACUCUUCACUGCUGGAUUCCAGAACCAGUGCACCAAAAUAUUUAUGCAAACGAUGCCAAUUUUACUACUGACUCGAGGGUUAUGCAAUAGUAGUGAGAUUGUAGUGAGCUCUUAGAGGAAAACUCCACCCUGAAGCACGUCAGUCAUGUUUCGGUACUAAUUUGUUAGCUAAUGCUUUCAGAGAGCUCAAAAAAAUAACGGCCAUGUUUCGCUGUCAGCUCUUACAUACAAAUGUGUAAUUCUUCCAGAAAAGCUCAAUGUCAUGUUAAUGAGAAAUGCAACAGAAGUUGCGAAGACGUUACGGCAAACGCCGUCGUCCCAGAAUGCGUUCUAGCAGAAACCCGACUCGAGCUGCGAGACGACAAGGCGAUAAAAGCUUUGGGAGCUGAUCUGUUUGAUGAGGUGGUGAGAGAGCUGGACAGACAAAAGGACUAAAGCACCGCCGCAUCACUCUCUUUAGAUAGAGAUGAAGCGAGGGUUAAAUCCCACCAGACCACUAACAACGCGGCAUUGUGGGUAAUGUAGGAAACCAAAGUAAACAUAGAUCAACAUGUCAAUGAAAGAUGUUUAAACUAAACAAAAAAAGUACAAAAUGAAUCGAGCUAAAAAUUGUUUAUGCAGAAUAAUAUGCAGUGCAUUCAGGAUGGAUUUGUCCUUUAAGCCGAGUUUCAGUUCCGAAUGAAUUAGAUCAUAGAAGGAAUUAUUAUUAUUAUUAUAGCAUAUCAUGUUUUUAUUCUUGAAGAAAGUUUUAUUGCUAAUUGACAAUUUUAAAAAUCUAUUGAAAACUAUGCCUGUAUUUUUACUUUUUUUUUCUCUCUCUCUCUCAGCAGUGUAUUUUUUGCAGGUUUAAAGUUUUAAAAUGGAUCGUUCUUCUGGUAGGAGUGUUGUUCUAAUUUGGACGUUUUUUUAUGCUUGACUUUUAGCAUUUAAGCUGCACUGUAAAGAAAAAAAAACCUAGAAUACUGAUUCUUACAACUCUCUGUCUUGCUGUCUGUUUCUCUUCCUCUCAAGCCUGUAACUCUGAACGUUAAUAUUCUAUAAUAAUGUAGUUCUAGCUGUAUGUUUUUUCUUUCUUCCAGAGUACCGUUCUAACCCAGACCAUCUGCCCAUCCGUCUCCACAUCAAUUUACACUGUGCAAGAGUGUGCCUUUUUUACUCGGAGUCAUUUAAUUUUAUAUUUAAAUCUUUUUGCUUGUUUUUUGUUUUUAAACAAAAGUUGAAAAGCAGAUGUUAUUUUCUACCAAGGAACAGGUGAUUUGGGUGAAUCCUGAAGCGCUUUGGCUCUUCCUGUGAUGUGUAAAUACAUUAGUGUAAAAUAUCUACGAUCUUAAGACUGAAUGUCGCUAAAUGUCCGACUUCAGAGUUAAUCCAGCGAUUGUGUCUCAAUGUUUGAUAUUGAAGUGAGAUGUUUCUUGUGCAGCUUUUGAAAGAGAUUUUUUGAAGGUAUUUACAGUCCAGUGCUGGUCUUUUUGGUGUGUUUUACUGUCAGUGAAUCUGAUUACUGAGCUACAAUGAAAGACUAUAAGCCAUGCUGUUCGAUUUUUAAGGCAGAACUUUUUAAUCCUGAAAGCUACAGACCUCGUAUGGACGUUAUAUCGUACUCUGUUGCAUUUGAACCUCACUCACACUCCUGUACAGGCAAAGAUUUUUCUUCUCUCCACAUUUUUUCCAAAACCAAAUCCUCUCCUUGAUCAGAAAAUGAUCAGUUGUACUUUUUCCCCUCAGUCUCUGAUCAUAACGAGUGUCAAAGGAAAGAUUUGAAAAUGCUUCCAGUGUGUGAAUGUCCUACAGAAGAAGGGAUAAAAGGACAAACCCUUUAAGAAAGUGCUGUGAAAGACGCAGUCUGACAUGACCAGCUGUCUGCCUGCUUGCCGUCACUGUUGUUUAUCCUGUCAUGACUGUGUGCAGUUUUUUUCAUGUAUGUCUGCAAUGUUUUGAGGCACUCGACCAUCAGCGUCGCUUAA